GGGGAAGGAGGGAUGGUAAGAGCAGACGGAGCUCAAAUUCAGUCCUGUCAGUGAGUAGAGGCACUCAGAAAUAGCAGAGAAGAGAGAGAGCCCGGAAACGCAUGGUGAACUAAUGGAUUACUCUCUAAGACUCUUGUGAACUACACAGCACCGACAUACCAUCAACCACACAACCUGGCAAAUACAGUACAGACAUACAAUAUUCACACUGAUUUCACUUCAGCCUCAUACACUCAACAAGCUCUCUACACAUUUAGAUCACACAGACUUUGAGACAGACAGUUCGAACAGAGGUCUCUUAAUCUACAUUAGAGUAAACAGACAAACAGAUCCUCUGAUUCUGACACAAACACAGACACAAUGGAAAUGCAUGGGCUUCAGUGUUGAACUGAAGGACCAAAGAUGUGAAUUUCGGUGAGGAUUCUGACACCUUUGUGAAACAUCACUGAAGAGCACCACAAGCAAAACAGGACACGCAUGAAGAGGUUGACUAUGCACUGACAAAGAGGCAUGGAAACCAUCUCCGGGGAAAUGGGUUGGAAUGGAUCAGGCCACUCCUCUCUGGCAUCCGUGACAACAGGAAGAACCAACCUCACUUCCUCCCUCUUCUCCAACUUCACAUCCCUUAACAGUUCUCAUGAAGGGACAGGGUCCUAUUACUGGAUUAUCCCCGAGAACGCCUCAGCCACCACGCCCCAUGCCUUACCCCAGCCCAGGAUGAGGAAUCUGGGUCUGGCCCGGGCGGAGAUAGGGGUCCUGGGCUUGGUGCUGGCCCUCACUACCCUAGGGAAUGGCUUCGUACUGUGGGUGCUGCUCCGCAGGAGGAAACACAACGCUCCCAUGCAUCUGUUCAUGGUCAACCUGUGUCUGGCUGACCUGGUGGUGGCGCUGUUCCAGGUUUUUCCCCAGCUGAUGUGGGACAUCACAGAAAGGUUCCAGGGGCCGGAUUUUCUGUGUCGCUCAGUAAAGUACCUGCAGAUCGUAGGGAUGUUCGCGUCCUCCUAUAUGAUCGUAGCCAUGACAGUGGACCGGCACUAUGCCAUCUGCUGCCCACUGCAGGCCUAUCGUGGUGGGUCCGUGUCCCGCUGGAACACCCCUAUUAUGAUGGCCUGGGGCCUGGCCUUACUUCUCUCUAUACCACAGUUGUUCAUCUUCUCGCAGUCAGAGGUGUCUCCAGGAGAGUUUGAGUGCUGGGCUCACUUCGCUGAGCCGUGGGGACUCAAGGCCUACAUCACCUGGAUGACCCUUGCAGUGUUCUUACUGCCAGCACUAAUCAUUACUGUCUGCCAGAUCCGGAUCUUCAGAGAGAUUCACAACAACAUCUAUCUGAAGUCAGAGAGGAUGGUGUCAGCAGAGCUCAAGAAGAACAACGAUGUCAUCUUCCACUUCCACAGAGUCAAAAAGGACGACGACAGAGCGACCAGGGAGCAGGGGAGGGGGGGAUGCAGAGGGGGGAGAGGAGCAGGAGGGGAACAGCUUCUAAAGACUAUGAACAACAACCCCUCCAGCACUUUCUGUAACCCUCUCUUACCGCUCUCUCCCCAGUCUACUACAGCUGUUGUGCCCUCAGAGUGCUAUCCCUACCUGUCCCCCUCUCCACAAUACAGCAGCUGUCACAACAACCACACAGCAGCAACACAGCAAAGCCCCUUCAACACCCCAGAUAACCUAACCCUCCCCUCCAACCCCGGCCUCAGUGACCAAAGGGUCUCCAGUACAGCUGUAGUUCCCCCAUCAUGUGACACGUGCUCACAUGGAUCCCAUGGCCCAGUCACCUCAGGUGGUUGUGGUGGUGGUUCAGUGCCUCCUAACAAUGGUGGAUGCUACUGUCAUGAGUCCUACACAUCCUUCGAGCUCCCAUCCUCCCCCCGGUGUGUCUCCUCUCCACGCCCAUCGCUGGAGUACCCUCCCCCACCCCCCCGGGCCCUGACGCCCCCCUCCAUCUCUAACGCCAUGUCUAAGACGGUGAGGAUGACUCUGGUGAUAGUGUUGGUCUACACAGUCUGCUGGUCCCCCUUCUUCAUCGUUCAGCUGUGGGCUGCCUGGGACCCCAACCCUCCGGACCAAGGCGUAGCGUUCACCAUCCUGAUGCUGCUGGCCAGUCUGAACUCGUGUACCAACCCCUGGAUCUACACCUUCUUCAGCAGCUCUGUGUCCAGGGAGCUACAGGCCCUGUUACGCUGCAGACCAAGAACCCCGCGCAGGGGCUCCAUACCUGACGACUCCACCACCACACACACCUCCACCACCAAGGACAGCCUCUACUGACACACUCAGACACUCACACAGCACACACACUCCACCAAGGACAAGUUGUACUGUCUCACACACACACCACCACCUCCACUGCUGCCAGCACCUAAGACUAGAGGACAGCUCGCACUGACCUUCAGGCAGCGAACACAUUUCCCCCAACAUGGAAACAUGGACAGCUGUGUUAUGGCCAGGAAGGAAGGACCCCUAUGAAACAUCCUGUCUGUCUGUCUGUCUCUGUCUGUCUGUCUGUCUGUCUGUCUGUCUGUCUGUCUGUCUGUCUGUCUGUCUGUCUGUCUGUCUGUCUGUCUGUCUGUCUGUCUGUCUGUCUGUCUGUCUGUCUGUCUGUCUGUCUGUCUGUCUGUCUGUCUGUCUGUCUGUCUGUCUGUCUGUCCCCUCUGUCUUUUACUCCCUCACACCGAGGAGGUUGCUAUUGAACGAGAGGAGAAACGUGAGUCAGCUGAGGGGGACAAAUGUGAGUGAAGACAUCGACACUACGUAAUGGAAUAUAGACCUUUACAGCACCUGUAUAGGUACUGUACCUAUAAAUAUAUAUAUAUCAACAGCAGGAUCAGAUGUUCAGUUGGUACUGUAGAAACGGAACGAAAACAGAGAAAGAUAUUCAAAUGCUCCUUUGAAUAAGCUGACCAUGGAGUAUAAACAUCCUGUAUUAUACGUUGUCUUUACAUCUCUGUCUCUAUAUAAAGAGAACAGUGCAGUUGUCGGAAGGUGAUUCCCUUCAAGGCUACAAAUUACUUCACCUCCUGCAAGAGGACAUGGGCAGUACAUUAAAUGUUUGUUGACUGGACUACAUGCCUAAUGUACAAAGCAGUGCAUAAGCUCACAGUACGCUAUGGCUCAAACUACAGAACAAAGCAGCCAGACAGCAGACUGAGUGAGAAAGAGAGAGUGAGAAAGAGAGAGUGAGAGAGAGAGA